AUGCUUCAUGCACCUGCCGAUCACACCGACUCCGGCAGGUACAAAGCUCUUGUCCGGAUUGCGCCAGGUAUCUUGUCCCCAUGCAGAACCAUAGAGUUCGCCCAACACCCGGAUAAAAUAAAAACGGUUCGUGAAUUUUUUUUUUUUGCAUUCUUAAUUCUCCCUGCACUCAUGGUGAGCAGGCGCUGGGCUUCAGUUCAUGCAUGUGAUGGCACAGAUGGUUUGUUCCAACGCAACUGCCCUGUACAUCUAGUCGGCGUCACCGUCUUAGUACGGCAGACGGGAGAUAUAUCCACAUUCUUAUUCGAGACCAACCCCGAUCCCAGUCAUAAUACCAAGAAGAAAACGUCUCAAGACCUGAUUGACUCCGCUGCGAACCGUCCCACUCUGGCAGCAGAUUCUUUAAAAUCAUAUCCGUUGGGGAAUAACAACACAGCCAAAUCAUCAAUCGAAGAAAUAACGCCUAUUGUCACUAGUGAAUCACAAAAAGGCAAAAAUGGAGGGUCCACAGCUUACGAGCUCUCUGUGGGAUCUACUUUCAAUGCAGCCAGUCACGUCUAUGCCCCUCAUCGCCGUUCAAAUGUCCUUCCUGCCAGCAUCCGCCUUCGGAUAGGUCAAAUCGGCAGUGUGACGUUUACAAGGUUCACCAUACUAUCGGAACCGCACCCGAUCAAGAGGAUGAUUUGGGUUCUGCCGGUGUAUGACAGCAUAGUCGAUCAAAAGAUCCCCAGAGUCCAAGCGUUUCUGAUCGACAUAGGUAAACGUCAGGAGUCCGGCGUGUGUUUAUUCCCGAGGUACAGAUAUAUGGUUGCCCACUAUCGGUUCAAUUUCGUUUCACCAAUCUUUCUGAUAUCCAUACGAAACACUGCUUGCUGCAUCUUUGUUCCUGAAAGGAACAACUCCAGGUUUCCUGUGAGGAUAUCGCCUUUGUGUCUUCGCAUUCUUUAUUCUGACCUAUUCUUUGUCGCCACUAUCCAACUACGCAAUACAAGUGCCGGAUAUAAUAUCUUAGUUGACUCCAGAUAUCGUUCAAAUCAAACAAGUCCACAUCCGAGGAGGGCAUUGCAGGUUGUGGUUCUGCCAGUCACAAUGUCAUUCAGCCAACAACAAUACUAUGCCAUCGAGGCUGCCGAGCGAGCCUGCUCCGUGUUAUCUCUGGUGGGAACAUUUGUUGUCAUAAGCACCUUCAUUGGAUCACCCACAUUUCGCAAACCCAUCAAUCGUCUCGUUUUCUACGCCUCAUGGGGCAAUAUCAUGUCGAAUGUCGCAACUCUCAUCUCACGGUCAGGUAUCCUCCAUGGUGUCAACACGCCAUUAUGUCAGUUUCAGGGUUUCCUCAUUCAAUGGUUCAUGCCCGCUGAUGCUCUGUGGACGUUCGCCAUGGCAUUUAAUGUCUAUUUGACCUUCUUUUACAAAUACGAUGCUUCGAGGUUGCGAAGAUUGGAAUGGAAAUAUGUCCUUCUCUGCUAUGGUCUGCCAUUUAUUCCGUCCUUUGUAUACUUCUUCGUCAAGAAUGAGACGAAUGGACCCAUAUAUGGCUCAGCAGUUCUAUGGUGCUGGGUUUCGAUGCCAUGGGACUUCCUCCGCAUUGCGGUCUUCUAUGGCCCAGUGUGGUUCGUCAUCCUAGUCACAUUUUCCAUCUACAUAAGGGCCGGAAAAGAAAUCUUUAAGAAGCGACGUCAGCUUCAGAAUAUCAGCAGUGUGGAUCCUGGGACUGCGAUCGAUAAUCCGUUUGAAGCUCAAGGAUCCAAGAUCACAGAAAUCCACAUCACCAGCGAGGCUGCUCAGACAGCUCCGAUAGAUCCUGAUAAGAUCAGCAGCGACGACAAGGGAGGACAGCGAGGAUCGGCUACGCAUCUAUACGCCUCCUACUCUGUUACGGUUGAAAGUGGCGACGGAUAUGACGGCAAUACCAUCCCGAUGAAGAAGGUGGAGAGAUCUCCAGGAGCCGGGGCAACUCAUCCACGCCGCCCGGCAAAAGCGGAGGCGAAUGCGGCCGCGUGGGCAUAUUGCAAGCGUGCUCUCCCUGUGGAACAGGUCCCUUCGACCGUGAACCGUGUUUACAGUUUGGCCUAUCCGGAUAUCAACAACUUCGGCCUGGAAUUCACGUCGGCAAUUGUCCUCCCCCUGCAAGGGUUCUGGAAUAGCAUCAUCUACUGCGCGAUAUCGUGGUCAUCAAUUAAACAGCUCUUCCGUCGCGACCGGAAACCUCGCACGUACAAAAUCAGCAAGCCACUAGAGUUCUCCCGCGGGGGCGGCGGCCCAAGUGCCAGAGUAGGCAGCAGCCUCCAUAGCAAUGAGAGCACGCGAGAAUUGGCAAUGCACCCGCAAAUUGACACAGACUCUACCUGA